GUAAUGAGCGAGACAGAUAACGCCUCGUCAACUCGGAAGAGUGUCUCGACAACAGAGUCUUCGAUUGUCAAAAGCAGGGAGCCUCAGUUCCCCGUGGUUCUAACUCUACAGCAACAACUUUCUACUCUCAACGAAAGACUGGGCAGUAUGAUGUUGAUUCUGAACUCGUUGACCUCGAAGAGCAGACGAGAUGAAAUUAAGCUGGCAACAGAUGCGAUUCACGACACUGUUAAUUCGUCUAAAUCGCUGGACCAAAUGCUAGUAUCAGAUUCGAAGUUUAUAAUGCGGGAGUUGGACGAGCUCUUACUCAAAGAAGACGAAAAAGACUCUGCCGUUAAACUUCGUAGACAACUCAGAGCUUCAGGCAGCGGAGAAGACGUCGACGGUCUGCGAAAACAAAUCGAUUUCCUCUCAUCUCAGCUCUUAGAGGCGCAAUCGCACAAACUGGUUUUGGAAACGAGAUUGGGAGAGAAAGAAAGAAAUAUCGAGCAGACUGAAGAUGCACUGGCUAACAGUAUGGCAGACAUGAAGCACGUGAGAGCAGAAGCUCAGAAGAGCUUCCUGAAGCAUGAUAAGAGAUCUAAGGAGGCUGAAAGUAGAGUGAAGUCUAUUUCAUCUGAGUUGAAGAGGGCGAACGAGAUGGCGACCAAGUACAAGUCACUUUACGAGAAUGAGAAACGGAGGGGAAGAAAUGGAGGAGCCAAUGGCAGUUACAUGGGUACUGAGGGAACACAUUCACAGCGAAAAAUUGGAAAUUUGGGUCUGCAACAGCGCAAUCAAUCCCCACCCAUGGUCAUGGCUCGACAGGAUUCAAAUGAGGCUCUCAGAUCAAGGGCAUACACCGCCCCGAGUCAGCGAUACUCUGACAUCAAGCCUCCACCGAUCAAUAUUGACUCUCCGGAUGGCGCAAAACCAGAGGAAUUGGAAGAAAAAGUUGCAGGCGACGAGAACCGAAAGAAGUCGGAUCAGCUUGAAGUGCCGAAGGAAGAAGAGAAGGGUGUGGAGGGUGGGGAUCGAUCCUUAGGUCCUAGGGCGACGAGCCAGCAGGCGGUGAGAAAGAAGCACUCGCCGAGGGGACACAGUCCACAAUAUGUAACAGCAGAGGAAGGAGCGGUGAAUAAAACAUGUCUGAAAGUGGAAGAUAUUAUUCGAAAGAAUCACCAAUACCUGGAGGAGGCUGAAGAGCGGGACAAUGAGGUUAAACUGUGGAGGUCUCUGUUUGUGGAUAUGACUGACAAGCUGAAGGCAUACAAUGCAGAGAUGAUGAGAUGUCAGGGCGAAGUUUCCACUCUACAUGAAGAGCGAAUGGACCUAAAAGCUAGACUUCAGAAGGAACAGAAAGACAAUGCUAUCAUGCGUAAGGAAUUGGAGAAACACGCAAACUCCUUCAUUGAGUACAAGAAGCUACAGUUCCAACUAUCAGAGGAAAUCAAAUGGUCCAAGCUGAAACCUUUGGCACCAACGAAGAUUUACAGCAAGUCCAGACCAAAGAGCUUCAGUAAGUCGCGCUCAAUUCAAGUCGAAACUUGGGCUGGAGGAUCUUGAAUUUAAUUUAAAACCUUCCUGAAUUUGAUUACUAACGACUCAAUUAAUGAUAUGUACAAAUCUGUAUAUAUGAAUUUAUGAAUAUAGAUUGUAGAAAAAAAUUGUAGAUAUAAUAAAAUUGCUUUGAAAUAGAACAGGUGGCAUAUACAUUUUUUCAUUAGAGCAGUUCUUUAUCUCAAAUUGUACAAAGUA